AUGGAUCUCGUCAACCACCUUUCCGAUCGCUUGCUCUUUGCAGUCCCCAAGAAAGGCCGACUCCAAGCCGCGACGCUGGACUUGCUCUCAGGAUCCGACAUCCAAUUCAGACGAGAGACGCGACUGGACAUUGCACUAGUGAAGAACCUACCGCUGGCACUCAUCUUUUUGCCAGCAGCAGACAUUCCCACCUUUGUGGGUGAAGGCAGAGUUGACCUAGGCAUCACUGGCCGAGACCAAGUGGCCGAGCAUGACUCGCAACUCACUUUGGGCGAGGAAUCCGGGGUUGAGGAAAUCAUGGAUCUGGGCUUUGGACGGUGUAAGCUUCAAGUUCAAGUUCCCGAGAAAGGCCCCAUCCAGGACGUGAAGGACCUAGUGGGCAAGAACGUGGUGACGAGUUUCACGGGAUUGGCAGAGGACUAUUUCGCCCGCCUCGAAGGCAUGGGCUCACGCAAAGAGAGCAUCAACGGGACGGCGAGUCCGAUCCCGAAAUUGAAGACGAAAAUCAAGUUUGUCGGCGGCAGUGUCGAGGCCGCCUGUGCGCUGGGCGUGGCAGAUGGUAUUAUCGAUUUGGUCGAGUCCGGCGAGACCAUGAGGGCCGCUGGUCUUAAGGCUAUUGAGACAGUUGUCGAAAGUACCGCCGUGCUGAUCAAGUCCAAGUGGGUGUCGAAUGAGAAGUUGGUCGACUUGAUCGCCGCCAGAAUACGCGGUGUAAUUACGGCUCAGAAAUAUGUCUUGUGCCAGUACAAUGUCCCCAGGGACCGGUUGGCUGCUGCCACAAAGAUCACGCCUGGAAAACGUGCUCCUACUAUCACUGCCCUCGAAGAGCCGGAUUGGGUCGCUGUCAGCUCGAUGGUCGAGAAGAAAAAUAUCGCCACGGUCAUGGACGAGUUGACUGCUGUCCAAGCUACGGACAUUUUGGUCCUUGACAUCGCCAAUUCACGCACUGGUUAA